UCCCUCUCCCUCCUCUCUCCCACCGCAUCACCGGCAAGAAGCGAACAAACGCCACGCGCUCUCCGCCGCACCACCGCGCGCGGGAGGCCGCCGGCGAUGGACCUCUUCCCCGACGGGACGCACGUGCGGCUGCAGAGCCGCGAGCUCGGCACGUACCUCUACGCCGACGAGGACGGGGUCGGCGUCUCCCUGAGCCCUCGCCGCGCGUCGCUGAACGCGGCGUGGCAGGUGCACCGGAUCGUGCACGAGGGUGUCGCCUACGUCCUCCUCCACGGCGCCGCCUACGGCCGCUACCUCGCGGUCUCGCCCGACGCGGCGCCGCCGCGCGGCCACCGCGGCCGACGCGUCGUCCAGAGCGACCGCGACUAUUUCGACCCGCGCGCCGUCAUGUGGAGGGUCAUCAGGGCGUGGGAUGACGGCGACGACAUCAUCGUGCGCCACGAUUUGCAGCGCAACCUCCGCGGCAACGGCAGGUACCGCCGCUGGCACACAGGCGUCACCGUCGACGACACCGCCCCGUGGAGCACGAUGAUGCGUUGGACGGUCCAGGCCAUCCCCCCGAGAGCGGCGCCGCCGCCGGACAUUCGACUUCCAGUUGCAACUCCGAAUGUAGGAACCCGGCGCGGCCUGUUCCGCUUCCGCCGGCGUGCCGUGCCCGCCAGCGACCUUGAGUGGAUGAUCUGGUACGAGCUGGCGGACGACGACGGGAACGUCGACGAGCACAACUGGGACAACUUCAUGUUCUCCGGCCGGUCGGUGUUCAGCCUGAUGGCCCGGGUGGCGUUCCUUGAGGGCCACACGGAUGCCAACCACUUCGUGUUGUGCGUGAAGGCCGGCCACGACGCGCGGCGAACCCCUCUGGUCAUCGACCUGCUGCCUUCUCAAGUGCACCCCAUCAAUAUCGUCGCCCUCACCAAGGGUUCACCAGGUGCUGCAGCGCUAGUGUACCCAGAUGUUGAUGCAGAUGCACCAGCUGCUGAUGCAGAAGCACCUUAGAGGACUACGAGGGUAGAACUUCUGACAACAACUUCGCAAUUCAUCUCUUCAGAAAUCAGAAGGCCCAAUACUCUGGAUAAAAGAAAAUUGAAAUCAGUUUAUCUUCUUUUGUUCAGAAAGCCCAGCAACUCUUCUGAAUUUGGUUGUUGGAUUUGACGUCUUCUACUGACCGGAAGCGUUUUGAGUUGGCCUUUCAGUGUCAGAACUUACAAACCGCUGAAAUCAUUGCGUGGAAAUAUGGUGAACGAUUUUGCAAAGCAACAUUGCUUGUGCUGCUGCAUUGAUCUGUUCCUUGCUCCUGGAGUCCUGCUACGUAAAAAAAAA